CCUUCGGCUCAGCGGCGCAGUCGCAGGUCCUCGGGACUACAAACGAUUUGCCACCAGGCCACAGGAACUACAACAAUGGGCUCCGAGCCUGCACUGCAUCCCGACGAUAUCGUGGCCAGCAAGGCCGACGCAAAGUGUCUGGCAGUGGUGGAGCGAACUCAUGGCGAUGUCGACUCGCACACCCCGUAUCCAGCCAAGGAUGAAGACGAGCUCAUUCGCCGCGACAAAGAUAUAUCGCUGGCCUCUUUCAGACGAUUCAUGAAAAACGGUGUACCGCCCCCGGGCACCAUUCUUGUCCGGUGGCAAAGCGAUCCAGCCCUGGAGCUGCUCUGUGCAUCGAAAGUCCAGCUAGUCGAUAGGUCGCUAUUGAUUGGCGAUAUUGUCAAACGCAAUGUACAGGAUUCACAGUCUGGAGUUGUACUCAACACAUUCACAAAAUGUACACUUCAGCCAAUGUGCGACGUCACAUAUCUGAACUCCAAGAUCCUCAAAGGUAUCUUACCGCCGGGAAAAUAUGACCCCACUACUCAAUUUUGCGUCUACCCAAAUGGCCAGACACAGCCAAUAUAUGAUGUGCCGGCUUCAGAACUCAUUGAAGCCGAAGCCAUUACUGAGGAAUCUCUGGUUGUCUACAAGGACUGGAUCGGCAGAGUUGAAGCGCUCACCAACAAUAUCCGAGUACGACUGUGGGACAACUGCGUCGUAGAGAUUAGUGACGAUGCGGGUGAACAUCCCGAUGGCACAAUUGGCUCGUUCUGUGUCGGUGAUAUCGCCAAAACUAAAAAAGGUCAUUUGCGGACCGGCACCUGGAUCUUUGGUGCGUAUAACGCGAAUACACCGCCAUGUGGCACCGUAGUGCAUGUUCAGACAGUCGGGGCAGAGGUCUCCUGGAUACAGCGGAGAAUCGGGAGUAUCGAUGAGCGGGAACCUCCCUUUCUUCUUGAAGCAGAAGAACUGGAGUCAUCAGAGUUUAUGGUCUAUCAGCGCGAGCGGAGGCCGAACACCAGCACUUAUACAGCACACUCGACAGUUUCAAACUCCACGAUUGAUGUGACACUGGGGCAGCGCGUCCGGUUUCGAGACUUGGCUGGAGCUUGUCUCAAAUACAACACACCCGAACAGCCGAACAAGAUACCACGACUGGAGAGACAAGCCAACCUAGGCUACGAUUUGAACGUUUUUGAUGUACUCAAGUUCGAGACAACAGUAUCGGUACAGUGGCAAGACUUAUCAAUCACGAUAGAAAGAUCGAUUGAUCUUCUACCGGAUCCCAUUAUAGACGACGAGCAUGCAGCGUGGCCGGGAGAGAUGGCGCAUUCGCUCAGAAUGGUACCUCUGCCCAACAUGUCGAAUGUUGAGCAACCCGAGAGGAUAGGUGUGGUUCAAGCUGUAAAUGCAUCGGAGCGUAUGGCAAAUGUGCUCUGGUUGCGUGAUUCACAUAUACACUACGCCAGAGAUCCUGAUGAGCAUGGUAGUAUGAUACCACCAGUAGUCUCGCACUCGAUCACGCCAUCUGCUGGUGUACAAGAGGAAAUCAGUCUGUACGAUAUUGAGGCACCGGGGACUCUAAACUUUCGACGCGGAGACAUUGUAUUAAUCGCUUCGAAGCCUUUCAAUACAUUUCUCGAUCGACCUACCGAUACCACUUGGCUCGGCGAGCUCAUCGACACUCGGCUUGACGGUACGCUCCUUGUCCGCUUAGGCGCUGCCACACAGGUUCAAGACGUCAUUUUGCGCAGAGAAGAAUGUAUCCUAGCCAUUAGGUCAGACGGUACCGACCAUGUAGAUGCUUGGGACGAAGGUCUAGAUGACAAUUACGACUACUCCGGCUCAGAAGCCGAAGAUUUGGGUGUAUCAUGGGACAGCGAGGCAGAGAGCGAGGAGGAAGAAGAAGUGCCUGUUCGCUAUGAGGAUGAGAAUGGAGACGAGAUGGACGAGGAUGAGGUGGAGAACGACGAGUGGGAGUCCGCUGACGAAGACAGCGAGGACUUCGUUAUGACCGACACCCUGCAUCCCCAGACGCCAUCCAACUCGCAUUCGAUUACACCAGCAGAAAAUGGUGACAACGAGACUGAGGCUGCGCAAAUUGAUGCCCCACCAUUAUACGAAAUACUAGAGGGAGAUGUUCCAUCCGAUCACCGAUUCCGCAGCGAACCUACCUCGUCGAUCCCUGCACAUACGAAGCGCACGCAGAAAGAGCAUAAGAUCCUACGGAACCCGACAUCGCUCCCCACGGGCGUGUACAUAAGAUCAUGGGAGUCUCGUCUUGACCUUCUUCGCUGUCUCAUCAUCGGCCCAGCAGAUACCCCUUAUGCCUACGCGCCAUUCGUGGUAGAUUUCUACCUGCCUCCAGAAUUCCCGUCUGUGCCACCACAAGUGUUUUUCCACUCUUGGCUGCCCAUUUCUUCGAUUGGUACACUAGGUCGAGUUAACCCGAACCUCUAUGAGGACGGUAAAGUGUGUCUUUCUCUGCUCGGGACAUGGCAAGGGACCAAAGGAGAAGGUUGGAGUGCAGCCCGAAGCACGCUUCUUCAGGUGGUCGUCUCCUUACUGGGCUUGGUGUUGGUGCGCGAGCCAUACUACAACGAAGCAGGCUACGAAGUAUUAGUGGGCCAUGAGGCGAGCAAGAGGUCGAGCACGCUCUAUAGCGAGCGUGUGUACACCCGCGCCAAAGGCUUCUUAAUCACUGCCUUGACCAACCUGGACUCCACAUCGGGCCUGAAGGGUCUGGAAGAUGUGAUCCGCUGGACAUACCUUGACCACGGAGGUCCCAAAUUCCUCGAUGAGAUGAUCAGGGAGGUGGAGAAGGUGCUGGAAAGAAGUGAUGGAACGCAGGAGGCAGACGGACUGAAUAUUAUGUCGAAAGGAGCGUGCAUACCCCUUCGCAGAGUGCUCGAGCGGCUCCACGGCCUCGCAGCGGCCUCGCAGCUGCAAUAGUACAUGAUACCAUAGACAGAACGUACAUCCC